CCCGGGGCCCUAGACGUUGGGUUCCUGGGUCCUUAAGGUUCCAUUCCCAGGCUGGUCUGAGCUCUGGGGCCGUGGUCCCGCAGCCUCCUCCGGUGGUUGUGCGGAAGCUGCGACGCAGGAACCUUCAGAUGAGGCUGCUGCUGAGGACCUGGCCACCUGGCACAGAGAGAAUCCGUCAGACUCUGGGCGGAUGAGUCUGGAGGCCUUGCAGUCAUGGAUUGGAGACCUUACCACUCACUUGCAGACAAUGGCAGAGUUCUCCCAGAAACGGGGGAAGCGGCGUGGCGACGAGGGGCUGGGCAGCAUGGUGGACUUCCUCCUGGCCAAUGCCCGCCUGGUGCUGGGCGUGGGCGGGGCUGCUGUGCUGGGCAUUGCCACCCUGGCCGUGAAGCGGUUCAUUGACAGGGCCACUAGCCCACGGGAUGAGGAUGACACCAAGGCAGACAGCUGGAAGGAACUGAGCCUGCUCAAGGCCACACCACACCUGCAGCCCCGGCCUCCACCUGCUGCCCUUAGCCAGCCAGUGUUGCCUUUGGCCCCCUCGUCGUCUGCCCCAGAGGGGCCUGCAGAAACUGAUCCUGAGGUGACACCACAGCUCAGCUCCCCAGCACCGCUGUGUCUGACACUGCAGGAGAGGCUGCUGGCCUUCGAGCGGGACCGUGUGACCAUCCCAGCAGCCCAGGUGGCUUUGGCCAAACAGCUGGCUGGCGACAUUGCCCUGGAGCUGCAGGCCUACUUUCGGAGCAAGUUCCCGGAACUGCCCUUUGGGGCAUUCGUGCCUGGGGGGCCGCUCUACGACGGGCUGCAGGCGGGGGCCGCGGACCAUGUGCGUCUCCUGGUGCCACUGGUGCUGGAGCCGGGCCUGUGGAGCCUGGUGCCGGGUGUGGACACUGUGGCGAGGGACCCUCGCUGCUGGGCCGUGCGCAGGACUCAGCUUGAGUUCUGCCCCCGCGGGAGCAGCCCUUGGGACCGCUUCCUGGUCGGGGGCUACCUCUCCUCCCGCGUCCUGCUGGAGCUACUCCGCAAGGCGCUGGCUGCCUCUGUCAACUGGCCGGCCAUUGGCAGCCUUCUCGGGUGCCUGAUCCGGCCCAGCAUGGCCUCAGAGGAGCUGCUGCUUGAGGUGCAGCACGAGCACCUGGAGCUCACUGUGGCUGUGCUUGUGGUAGUCCCUGGGGUCGAUGCUGACGACCACCUCCUCUUGGCAUGGCCCCUGGAGGGGCUGGCGGGGAACCUCUGGCUGCAGGACCUGUAUCCAGUGGAGGCUGCUAGGCUGCGAGCCCUAGACGACCAUGACGCUGGGACUCGCCGGCGGCUGCUGCUGCUGCUGUGUGCUGUCUGCCGUGGCUGCUCGGCCCUGGGGCAGCUAGGCCGGGGUCACCUGACCCAGGUGGUCCUGCGUCUGGGGGAGGACAAUGUGGAUUGGACGGAGGAGGCCUUGGGUGAGCGCUUCCUGCAAGCCCUGGAGCUGCUCGUCGGCAGCCUGGAGCAGGCCAGCCUGCCCUGCCACUUCAACCCCAGCGUGAACCUCUUCAGCAGCUUGCGUGAGGAGGAGAUUGACGACAUUGGCUAUGCGCUGUACAGUGGCCUACAGGAGCCCGAGGGGCUGCUCUAGGUGGGUGGGAACGGGUGGCUGGCAUGUUUUCUAAUGCUGGGGAGCUGUGCCCACCUCCCUUCCAGAGAUUUGAAUAGUGAUUUUUCUCUAGCUUUUAGCCAGAACAAAAGAAGAUACAUUACUUAAACCCAGGGCAUCGGGAUGUGCUUGGGCUAUGGUGGCCAUAAACCCUGAGCCCAGAGAGCUUGGGUCACUGUCACCUGAGUGCAGCUGGGCUGCCUCAGGCAGCUUGGAGUGCCAGCCAUUCCUGCAAGCACCCUUUCAGCCCUUGGGGCCAACCCAAGGACCUUGGCUGUGUCCAUCACCAGCAACCAAUCCACCAACAGAAUGUGGUUUCUGCCAUCCUGGGCAGAAGCUGAAGGCCAGCUUCACAUUUCUGCUGAGAGAAGGUGACCUAAUGCCUUUUCCGGCCCCAGCUCCAGGCGUUUUGAGGCGUCUGGUGCCUGGUGGUAGGUAUGGUGUGUUUGUUCUGUCCCCCAGGGGCUGGAGUCACCUGUUGCCCCUGAAGGACAGCUUUUUGGCUGUUAAAGGAUGGCGUUUUCCUGCUGUCUUCUGUGUGUUUGGUUUUCUUGCUGAGCAGGAGCUCAGUGUGACUUGCCACCCACUUGAUACCUCAGGGCAAGGCCUUUUCCCUCCAGCCAGGUGAGUGUUUUCUUCAGGCAGCUGAGGGUCCUGGGGGAGCUGAGGCUCUGCUGCACCUCCAGCCCACAGCUGGGGCAUCUCACUGGAGCUGUUCCAGGCCUCACUGGAGAGCAGAGGACCUGAUCCCCCACCAGAGAGGUCCAGUGCGCACAGCCAGCCUCCCAGUGUGCCAAAAUGAAGUGCUCUCAGCUGAUGGCUGUAUUCUGACUUUGAAGCCUGUUAAGAGGUAGCAAGGGGGCUAGAGGAGGGAGAUUCCACCUCCCCUCCCAAGUGACCCUCCUCUUGCCUCUGGUAUCCUUCCUGCUGAAACGAAGCUCUGCUUCGAAGAUGUGAACAAGAAUAAAAGGAAAAAGUUCUAACGUGUAACUCAGGCUG